AUGUCAUCAUCAAAAAAUAUAUCUGCCUUUAACCAUAGCGGCAGUUCUCUGGCUGUAUCAGCUAUAUUAGACGACUACGGAGAGCCGGAAAGUUUAACAGAAGAGAAUUAUGAAAAUAAUGAUUUCACAGAAGAGUCUACAGCCAAGGAGGGUGAAGACUCUAUUCAUGUAAGACCACUUCUUGCAGCACAGAAGAGUCAGUUGCAAGUUCUUCCGGAAUGCAUUCCUGGAUCCAGUUAUCCAGAAAUGGUUUUACUCAAUACGAGUUCUCCAGCCAAGAGAACCAAGCAGAAGGGGAAGAACGGCAUUUCUCCUACUAGUGGUUCGGCCUAUUCUAACUUGCAGAGGUAUAAAGCUUUUAAAGAGCCGUCAAGUGAUAUCUCCAAUUCCAAAGCUUCUCAUAAGGAGUCAUUCGAACAUCUCAAUUUAGUCAGCCCAACAGAAACUGAAGAGGACGCAUCAUCUUCCGGGACCUAUGCGGGAACAUUACGAGAAGCGAAAACAGUUGGAGUUGACACUGCAGAGAAAUCAAAUAAAGGACAAGAAUCCUUAGAAGAAAAUGGUUUCCUCCCCAAAUCCUAUGCAUUCUCUGAGAAUAAUCAGAAUGUCGGGUCGCAGACACCUCACGUAAAGUAUCCGCAGCAAGAAACCUCCAAAUUUCAAGAUAAAUCACCAAAACUACAAAUAGAAGACACUCUCGAGAAUCAACUGGGAGACGUUCAGGACGAGGAGAAUGGUGAAAACGACAGAACCGGAAAAGCAUCUAGAUUUCCAGAGAUCAAUCUGUGGAAAUAUGUCUGUCUUGGAGUUCUAGGUGGACUGAUACUUGUCUAUUUAAUAGCCGUGGCAGUAAGAAUCCUUGAUGUGACACUUAAUCCAAAUAAAAGUGCUCAACCAGAAAACUUCAUUCAAAGCUUUGAGAGGUUUGAUAACUUAACCAAGCAGGAGAUAGUUUCGUAUAUACUCGAAAACUAUAGUGGAAUGAGUGACGUUGUUGUAGAAAAAAAGAAUAAGAGUGGACCUGGUGCCAAUACUACGCAUUGGAUAGGUAUCGAAAAUUCUUUUGAAAACAUCAACCAUGCAUACCGUUCUGACAAGGAGAUUGAGCUGCUCAUGACCUCGGAUAACUUGCAUCAAGUUUUCCAUAGUCUUGCUUAUGCUCCCAAAGGAGUUAUGGAGCCGCAAUGUGGCGUGACCCAAAGAGAUGUUAUUCUCGACGUAGCAAGAUUGUCUAUGGUAACCAAUAAGAUACGAACUUAUGGAACCCAAUGCAACCAAGCAGAGUAUAUUCUCAAAGCAAUUCAGGAUCUUGGAGUUAACAUGACUUUAAGUUUAGGCGUAUGGGUCGCCGAGGACGAUUAUGUGAAUUGGAGACAAAUGGAUGAAAUGAAGUAUCUUCUCAAAACAUAUCCAAGAGACAUGUUUGACGCUAUAUUUGUUGGCAAUGAGGUUCUUUUCCGUGAGGACAAGUUUCCAGAAGAAUUGGUUCAGUUAAUAACAGAAGCUAAGAACUAUGCUAUUUCCCUAGGAUACGCAGAUUUACCUGUUGGUACUUCUGAAUUGGGAUCUCUUGUGAACGAGAAAGUAAUGGAGGCCUCUGAUUUCUUUGGCAUAAAUAUACAUCCAUUUUUUGGGGGUGUUAAUGCCAGUUCCGGAACUAACUGGGUACUUGAGUACUACAAGCAGCAAGUGGUUCCGUUAAUAAAUCCUCAAUACAACAAGAAAAUUGUGAUAAGCGAGGUUGGUUGGCCUUACAAAGGAGGAUCGUAUCAAGGUGCUGAUGCCACUCCCGAAGAUAUGCAGAAGUUCCUAAAUGAUUGGAUUUGCAAAGUGCCUCAAGAUAAGUAUCAUACUAUCUAUUUCGAAGCAUUUAAUGAACCAUGGAAAAGUAUAUUCUAUGAAGAGGGUAGAGAAUGGGAAACUGAAUGGGGGUUCUUCACUGAGGACAGAAAGCUCAAGCCAGGAAUAUCUUUACCAAUAUGCGAUUAG